AACGCCUUUUGGUGAUGUUUUGACAGAUAUUCACUUCUUAAUUUAUGUCAUUCAUUGGAUAUUUUUUGCGAAAUUAUUUCCAUAUUAGUGUCAGCAUUUUGACGCUAGUCUUUGACUUGAAAAUUCGUGUGAUGUGAAGGAUGUGUUUUUAGCCAACAAGCUAACCUAGCUAUAGAUGAGUGACUGUCCCCGUUGUGGCACAUUAUGGCUCACAGUGCCAGGAGAGAUUCCCCGGAGCUCCCUGACUUCUCUCUGCUCAAGAGGCUGGCAAGAGAUCAGCUUAUCUAUCUGCUGGAACAGCUGCCAGGGAAGAAGGACCUCUUCAUUGAGGCCGACUUGAUGAGCCCGCUGGAUCGCAUUGCUAAUGUGUCAACACUAAAGCAACAUGAAGUCGACAAACUCUACAAAGUGGAAUACAAACCUAUUGUCAGCACCUCAGAUCAGCUCUGUUUUCUGAUCCGGCCAAGAAUACAGACUGUGAAAUGGAUAUGUGAUGUGGCCAAUGCGGACAAGGCAACAGGAAAAUUUAGAAGAUACAAGAUAAUCUUUACCCCUCAGAAGUUCUUUGCGUGUGAGGCGGUGCUGGAGGAGCAGGGGAUCUUCGGUGAUGUGACCACGGAUGAGUGGGCUUUCUACCUUCUUCCGCUUGACGAUGACAUCAUCAGUCUGGAGCUGCCCGAAUUCUUUCGAGACAACUUCCUGGCAGGGGACCAGCGCUGGGUGAGGACAGCCGGCAGUGCCCUGCACCUCCUUCACUCCGUCUACGGCCCGUUCUCAAAGGUCUACGGGAUCGGACGAUGUUCCAAGAUGGCGUACGAGUCGUGGAGGGAGCAGGUCGAAGAGGGAGAACAAAAAGCUCGUCAAGCUGAAAUAGGGAAGGUUUUUCUUAUUGACAGAGAUGUGGACUUUGUCACUCCUCUGUGCUCACAAGUUGUCUAUGAAGGACUCCUGGAUGAUAUAUUUCGAAUCAGAUGCGGAUGUGCGGAGUUCGGACCUGAUGUUACCUCCUCUGACAGAAGUGUAAAGGUCAUGUUGAACUCUCAGGAUAAGGUCUUCAAUGAAAUCAGAAACGAGCAUUUCUCCAACGUCUUCGGCUUUCUCAGUCAGAAAGCCAGGAAUCUCCAGACUGCAUAUGAUAAGCGUCGGGGGAUGGACAUAAAGCAGAUGAAGACGUUUGUGUCGGAGGAACUAAAAGGGUUAAAACAGGAACAUCGGCUGCUGAGCCUACACAUCGGUGCUAGUGAAUCGAUAAUGAAGAAGAAAACAAAGCAGGAUUUUCAGGAGCUGUUGAAGACAGAACACUCGUUACUUGAAGGAUUUGAAAUCCGUGAAUGCAUUACUUUCAUAGAGGAGCACAUCAACAGACAGGUGUCCAUGAUAGAAAGUCUGAGGCUGCUUUGUCUUCUGUCUAUCACGGAAAACGGACUCCUGCCAAAAGAUUACCGGUCAUUAAAAGCACAGUAUCUACAGAGCUAUGGAGUGGACCACCUGCUCACAUUUGCCAACCUGAGGCAGCUGGGGCUGCUGGUGGAGCAGCAGCCGGGGGAAACGCUGACUGUUAUGGAGAGCAAAGUGGGCAAACUGGUCAACGACAAAACUGCAGGAAAGCUGACUGACGCCUUCUCUUCUCUCGCAAAGAAGAGUCAUUUCAGAGCGCUGAGCAGAAAGCUCAACCUGGUGCCAAAGUCAGAUGAAGAAUAUGACCUGCGUGUCCCACGAGACAUGGCUUACAUCUUCAGCGGCGCCUACGUCCCUCUGAGCUGCAAACUCAUCGAGCAGGUGCUGGAGCGAGACGGUUGGACGGGGCUUGAUGAAGUCACCAGGCUGCUAAAUGGGCAUGAAUUUGCUGUUACAGGCAGCAACGGAGCUGAUUUGAGAGCAAAGACCGAUGCUCAGCGCAUCAUCCUUGUCAUGUUCCUCGGUGGCUGCACCUUUUCUGAGAUUUCAGCCCUACGUUUCCUCGGCAGAGAGAGAGGUUAUAAAUUCAUUGUGGUAACAACUGCGAUUACAAACAGUUCAAGACUCCUCGAGGCUUUGCUGGACAACCGCGUAUGAAACCUGUCAGCACAUCACGACGGACAGAAACGGAGACAUUCCUGCAGCCACUUGUCAUGCAUUCCCUCCAGCACUGACAUUACAGAUGGGAAAUGUUCACUAACUGUCUGUGUCUGACAACUGUAAAGAUGUAUAAAGUGAAUAAAUGUUUUUAACACGUA